AAUAGUGGGGAUUGGAUGGACGUACACCUCCUAAUUGUAAAGAUUAGAAAAGUUGGUCAAUACUUAGCCUAAUUUGAUAAAAAAACAAAAAUUAUAGCUAAAUUAAUAUUCCCACAGCAAUUUGGAAUUCUCUGUCGUUCUAUUUGGAAUUCAGAGUCUGUCGGAGCUCUUUUUCUCCGGCGAUGGCGACGACGCUAGAAACGAUUUCAGAAGCUCUCCACCAGAUAGAUACCAAGAAAGAAAAUCUUAAAAAAGCCUUCGACGAGCUUCAACCUCAUUCAUCUCUCAUCCCCUCAUUCUCCCUCACCUGGUCCGAUCUCGAUUCUCACUUCACCUCCAUUCAGAAUUCCCUCAACGAGAAAUUUCAAACUCUCAAAACCCUAGAUUUUUCACCAAACCAACCAUCUUCAUCCCCACAUUCAACCACUCAUCCCCAGCCUGGCCCUUCUUCUUCGUCGCCCUCAUCACUCAACGAGAAGCGUGUUGACACGGUUUCGAAUGGUGAUUCGGAUUUGGUGCCGCCUCGGCCGGAAUUGAUAGCUUACUGUGAGAAGAUGGAUGGUUUGGGGUUAAGGAAGUAUGUAAGCGACGCCACGAAGGAGCGGAAUGAGAUUCGGGUUGAGCUUCCAGGUGCGAUUCGGCUAGCGCCGGACCCGGCUGCGAUGAUUCUUGACGCCAUGGAAGGGUUCUUUAGGCCGAACGAGAAGAAUAAGGGGGAUAAAGACCUUGAGUUGAGUAGUGUAAGAAGGAGUUGUGUACUAUUGUUGGAAAAGUUAUCGGCUGUUUGUCCUAAUGUGGGAGUUGAAACUAAAGAGAAAGCCAAUACUUUGGCUUUAGAGUGGAGAGGAAAGAUGAAUACAGGUGAUGAUGAGAACCCUUUGGAGUCGUUGGGAUUCUUGCAUUUUGUCUCUGUUUAUGGGUUAGUUUCAGAGUUCAACAUGGAUGAACUUGUGGACAAUUUUGUUAUCAUAGCCAGGUACAGGCAAGCAGUUGAUUUGUGCAGAAAAAUUGGCUUGACGGAUAAGGUGCCAGAUCUCAUCCAUAAACUUAUAAAAAAGGGCAAACAACUUUUAGCCAUCAAAUUUAUUUUUGAGUAUGAGCUGACUGACAAAUUCCCACCAGUUCCCCUCUUAAAAGACUACGUGAAAGACUCCAAGAAAAUUGCUAAGAAAGUUUGCAAAGAAGGAAAAAAUUCUCUCAAAUCGCUGAAUGAGGCUGCAGCCAAAGAAAUCAGUGCUUUGAAAUCGGCAAUAAAAGUUAUUGAAGAGCGGAAGCUUGAGUCUGAGUAUCCACAAGAGUCUCUUCAAAAGCGAAUUGAGCAACUGGAGAAACAAAAGGCGAGCAGAAAACGUCCUCCAGCAGCUCCUGCUGCAAAACCUACUCAGCCACAACAUCAGCUUGCAAAAGAGAAGCAGAAGCAACAAAGUGGAAACAAGCGUCCUCGACCAGAUGGUCGAUUAAGUCAACAAUCUCAUCUACAGUCAACACAUCUGUCGUCAGAUGGCUCUGCUUCAUAUGUGAGCUCCUCAGCUGCACUUUAUGGCAUGCCAGCCCUUGUUCCAUCACCUGCUGCUUAUGCGGGUUCAUUGGCUGGGACACAUGGGUUUGCAGGGGCACCUCUGGGUCUUACUGGCAGUCCAACUGGAACUAGUUCCCAUUUAUAUGCAGCUGAGCCAUAUGUGCCAUCUGGCUAUUAUGACAGAACAACUUCCCAUGGUGGAUAUGAUCUACCACCACAAUACCAUCCAUCUUACUAUCCUCAAUAGCAUUUCACUGGGGUUUUUUUUGUUUUUUUGUUUUUUGUAGUCUCUUGAAUGGCAAAAUAGUUUUUGCCAUCUUUAAGACUGGUUAUUAAAAAGCAUGAGUUUGCCUUUUUGAUACCCAUAGUUUUAGUUAGCAGCUAAUUACUUUACCAGUUUUAUGUUGACAUGAUGUAUUUAUGUCGAUCUUAAUUCUUAUUUACCAUCUUAUGCCGCAUUCAGCAUUAUUUUUUCGUGAAGAGACAUUGUGUAUUUGCUACCUUCUUGUCAUAUGUGAGCUCAUUUAAGAUGCUGCUAGUUGUAAAUGGACAUGCAGUCAUCGAAAGUUUA